AUGCCCACAGCGACACCACUGCCAUUCCAAACACUGACUCGAACAACGACAGAGUGCAACCAGCAGCAGCUCAUCCCAUACGCAGUAUCGCCAAACUUCGAUCGCGAUGGCACGACCCUAUGUAUAGCUCCAGGCUAUGAAGAGAGCCUCCGUUGCCUGCCCGUCACAGCUCCUUAA